CAGUUGUUAAAGUAUACAUCCAAACAAGCCCUAAAUACAAAAGGAGUUGUGGUCAUUUUAUCCAAACAGUUGUUCAGUGGCACAACCUCCUUCCAAAUUCCGAAAUGGCUGUCUCAUCCAUAGCCAAUCUCUUCUCCUUCUUCACCCGUUCCAAACCCCCAACCCCCAAAUCGCCCACCCUCCAAUUCUCCCUUUCUUCUUCAACACCCAAAAAUGAUGCUUCAUCUGUGGUCAUUUCAUCAAAUGAAAAUCAGAAAUACUCAAUAGCGUUACCCUUAACAUCGUCUUCUGAUUCUGAUGUUUCCGCGGUAAUAUGCCCCUCACUUGCUAAUGCGAACACCCUUUACUUCAGGUCGGCGUAUAAUGUUCAGGUGAUUGUGGGUGAUAAUGAACCUGAAGAGAAGCUUCUUGGCAGGUUUAGGAGGGAGGUUAUGAGAGCUGGGGUUAUUCAGGAAUGCAAGCGUAGGAGGUAUUUCGAGAAUGCGCAGGAUGAGAAGAAGCGUAGGUCACGUGAUGCUGCUAAGCGCAAUCGUCGAAGACGUGGUCCACCAAGAAAUUUCUCGGAGGAUAAGCAAGAGACAACCAAGAAUAAGAGAGAUGACGACGGGGAAGAUAACUGGGAACUUCCUGAUGGAGGUGUUGCCUAUUGAUUUUAUUGUAGUUUAUAUUUCUUUUUUUUUUUGGGGUCCUUCUGUAGAAAUGAGGUUUAUUUUCCAUUUUGGAGAGAAUUCUAUUCAUGUAAUUUCCUACGGGAAUCGUUUUCACUGAUUUUUCCAACUGCACUCACCUGAUUCUCUGGUACAGUACUGUAUCUAUGUACUCGUGAAAAAUGUAAUUGUUAAGCCUGUUCAAAA